UUCUCCUUUAUGGAAUUUAAAAUAGCCAUUCCUUCAAGCGAGAAGAUUCAGCUGUCAGGCUGUAUAUAUAAAACAGAGAGAAGUGGAACCGAAGGAGAUGGUGUCAAUGCUGGUGUAUAUUAAGUUAAUACAGAAGAACUUAUCUCAUUUGUAGAUCAACAGAGGAGUGCUGUCAUUUGUCCAAAAAAAAAAUAGCAAAUUAUAGGCAAAUUCGGAACUACAGUCUUCAUUUCGGACUAGUUUUGGAACAUCCGUUGUUUUUCUUCACCAAACUAAUCACAAAACAUUGGAUUACAUAUCUGACAAGUCAUCCGUCAUUGCACUGUAGAGGAAUAAACUCCAACUGUCUACAGUUUUGGACAUAUUUAAAUUAAUCUGAGCAGCAUGGAAGAGCAGAGGAAAAUGUUCUGCAAGGGACUGAUACUGGUGUUAAUCAUUACUGCUGCCCUGGCUAUCAAAGAGAUGACACCAAUAGAAAGCCUUAAAUGUUAUAAUGACUAUGAUAAAACCCUUUCCUGCACAUGGUCUGAAAGAAGAGAGGCAUUCUCCAUUAUCCCAAUGAAGCUGUAUCACUGGAGAGAUUACAUAAACAAUUCACAACCAGCUCCUAUUGAAUGCAAAGAAGUAGACAGCAUGAAUUCUUCAUCUUUGGUUGAAUGGACUUGUCACAAAGAAGUUGACGUUUUUAUGAUUGCAGCUAAAGACAUGUUUAUGUUUAAACCAGAACGCCAGCUGGAAGUUAAAGCACAAGUUGACAUUUAUAAAAACAUCAAACCUCAGCCACCUCUGAAUUUGAGUGUGACAAUGGAGAUGAAUGGAGAUUUCAUGCUGACGUGGGAGACUGCCUACGGGAAUCACACUAUUCUGCAUGGUCAACUACAAGCAGAGGUGUCUUAUAAAAGGGACUGGGAACCAUGGGAGGAUGCUCAUUCAAUUCUUCUGUCCAAAGAUAUUAAACACUUUCAACUUAAGAAGUCCGCUCUUGUACCAGGAAGUAGAUAUGCUGCUCGAGUUCGUUUGAAGCCUCAUAGCAGAAGCAACUUCAAGGGACAGUGGAGUUCUUGGAAUUCAGAGGUGACAUGGCAGACCCCUAAAGAAGAUGAUGUGAAACCCAAAAAUCUGCAAUGCACAUUUGAUGGCAUUGACCAGCUUGAAUGUUUUUGGGAAGUAAGGCGAGAGGUGACCGAGUCCAUUCUCUUUGUCUUGAAUUACACUGACGAAACAAAGAAUAGCAGCAGAGAGACUGAAUGCAUCCCCACACAUGUUAAAGAAAACCGUAAAAUCAUCCAUUACCAUUGUGUUUUGAACAUAACAAAUGCCAGCAACCUUAACAAUUACCAGAUUGUGAUUCAGCCUAAAGAAACUGUUAAAACAAUUCGUCCGUCAUUUCACAUAAAAUUCAAGUCCCCUUAUAAUCUCAGCGUGCAGUCAAAUCCUGAGGAUGAGAAUUACAAGCUAACAUGGGAAACAAUAAACAUUUUGGACGUCAUUGAUCGAGAAUUUGAAAUACUGUAUAAGAAGCUUGAAGACCCUUGGGAGGCAGCAAAACUGUUAACAUUAGAAUAUGCUACAACUAAGUACUUUUUCGGUGAAAAGGAGCUGGAGUUCCCCUCUGUGUAUGUUGCAAAAAUCAGAAUGAAGGUCAAGAAGAAAGGAGACUAUAACGGGGUAUGGAGUGAUUGGAGUCCAGAAGUACAAUGGGAAACACAGAAAGAAUUUAAACUGUGGGUCUUGAUUGUAAUUUUUAUACCUGCCAUUGCCAUAGCAACAGUUUUGGCCUUGUAUUAUGGAUAUGCACGCUUUAAAAGUGCUAAAUCCAAUUGGGAUGACAGUAUUCCUGAUCCAAGGAAAAGCAAACUGUGGGGCAACAUCCAACGUGGACCAUUGCUUAAACUGUAUAGCAACAGCCUGGAUUUAUUCAACAUCAGUCUAGUUAAAACUGUGGAGGGAUCAGACAUUCCAGUGCUGAUCACAGCUGGGCAAUUUGAUAAUUAUUUGAUCAAACAUGAAGUUUGUCAGAGCAAUGAAAAUUCCUCAUAUCGCUCAUCAGAGCAAAUAAAGCCAUAUCCAGAGCUCACCUUAACAAAAACAAAGGAGUUUGGGCAUACUUGUUCUCUGGUAUGCUCUGCAGUGGGCAAUGCUUGCAGCUUGAGUAAAGAAGUUUCCAGUGCAGACAACACUGAUUCCCUCCAUGCAUCCACUAGAAGGUCUGAAGUAGAUCAUUUGCCAUUACACUUUCCCAGCACUUACUUAAAUGGCUCUUACCUGGCCUGCCAUCUGCUUCGUGCACAGUCCAAUUUUAUUUCAGAUAUACAAACAGAAGAGCAAAGAGAUGAUGCUAAGGCUAAUAUCACAGGCUAUACAACAUUUCCUCAGUACUGUUCUGAAAGUAUGCCAUUACCCGAAAGUCACAGUUCAGAAGCUCAGUUACCUUCUUUUACUGACUACCUAGAAACUCCUCUUCAAGCUAAUGUCACCUGUCCAUCAUCUGCUGAAUGUAGUGCUUCUACCAAACACAGUCAGCAUAAUAAAUAUGAAGGCAAUGGAAAUAAACAUCAGUUAUCAUCAGAUGAACAAUCUCAAAAUGAUAACAAUCAAGGACAGACUUCAGCAGAUAACCCACUGACAGAUAGAUCAAAUGCCACAGUUUGCCAUCAGUUUAUAAACAGCAACUAUGUUGCCUCUAUGAAUGAAACAGCCUGUCUGCCAGAUGAGAUGUUUACAACUUUACCACCAACUAUUAAUGGUUAUAUCAUGACUAUGCCUGACCAAGAGUUUCAUUCUACACAACAUUUCCCAUCAGAAGACUGUCCUAAUAAAGAGAAGAAACAACCUGUCAGUAGUGAAGGGCAUCCUUUCCCUAACUCUCCUGACUACAUUUUGUCUGAUGAGAGCAGUGGGGAUUCAACCUGUUAUGGCAGUACUAAUGAUCCAGUUUGUGCUGUUACUGAGAAGAGUCCAACCAAACCUAUAAGCAAAGACAUUUUAGUAGAUGAACCUCUGAAUAUCGCAUCAGAAGACUCAGACAAGGAGAAGUCUAGUGACAAUAUCAGGAUUCACAAUGCAAAUGACGUCAUGUGCGUUACUUCAAUAACUAGUAGUUUGCAAUCAGCUCAGCAAAGAAAGAACGGUACAGAAAAUAUCUCAAGUGUAGGGCUGCAAGCUGGCCCUUCUAAUGUAAUUUUGCUGCAUCCAAGUGGAGAUUACUGCAUCGCUGCAAAAAGCCACAACUGCACAUCUGUAACUCCCCAACAGGAGCACUUCACAGAACUGGGAGACAUCACAGCACGAGAAGAUCUGUCAUUCAGACAGAAAGAGAUAAUAAUGACACCGGAAGAAGAAAACAUGCAAGCAGAUCAAGUAAAAACAAGACAUGCUGAAGCUGUCCAGAAUUGUACGGCCAUUUCUGAUUAUGUACUCCUGCCUUACAAAUACAAUCAGGAGUCACAUUUUAUUUGAUGUAACCAAUGUACUAAGGCCCAGGUUCAAACUACCAGGUCUAUGUUUCAUUCAAUGAACACUGCCAAAAUGAUUGUAACAUAUGCUAGUAAAUUAUUCUCCAUCUGAAUCCUAAAUGCAUUCUUCAUGGGUUCUGAGACUGUUGUCACAGUGAGCUUUCAUGGAAUCACAAAACUGUCAAUGAGCCUCCUUCACCUAUCUCAAAAUACUAUGGGCCUUUUAUACAAAAAUGACUUGAUGAAAUAAUGAAUUGGUCAGAAGCUGGCAGUUCCUUCUCUUUACAAAACAUAGACACAGGAAUGCACAUACUCACACAAAUUUCAAAUAAAUAAAAUACAGAAUAAUGCAUUCCUUAUUUACAAUUGACUUGCAACCAUUUACAUAUAUUAACUGUCUUUCUUCAUUUAGCCUGAUCCUGCAUAAAAUAAUAUAAGCUUAAAGCACACAAUAUUUCCAGACUUGCUUUGGUCUCCCGAGAAAAAUACUCAGGCUUCCCAGAGACGUUGGUUUACCACUUAAAGAACUAUGCCUUGUACUACCUUUGUGGUCUGGUGACAAUAGGAGGGAUGAGGAAGCAAUUCUGAAUUUAGAAGACAGGAAAGUAAAAUUGCUUGUGACAUGUUCAUGUUCUGUGAUUUGGGUUGCAUUUAUUCUUGCUGUUCGCAGGGCAAGAAGCAAAUAAGAAGUAGUCAAAAAUCAUUCAAAUUCCAGAUGUGGAUCUAAGUUACUGACUGUUAUUCAUGACUUUUAUGGCACAGCCUAUGGAAUGACAUCAAUCAAUAAAGCAAGAUAUCAGUACGGAUGCCAGAUACAUGGAAGCAGCGCAGAUGUAGACACAACCCAAAAGGAACAACGGGGAAUAUAGCCCCAAUUAUUUUUUUCCUGUUUUGGGGUUAUUUCUGUACCCAGGGUUUCCUAAGUACAUGUUGUAGUUGCUUGCAAUGGUAUAUCUUCCCUGUUGACGUGUUGCUUGGAUGGCAUCUGUCAUUCUGCUGACUGUGAAGCUGACAAAAUUCAUAUUGUCCUUUGAUCUGCAUCGCAAGAUCUACAAGAAAUAGGUCAUGAAUGCCUAGAUGUGAAAAUGAUGCAAAGCUUAACGUUUGACGUCACUUUUACAAUACAUUAUACUGAACUGAGAAAUAUACAGCCUUAUAAUUUCUGUACAAUAACUAGUAAACAGUUUUGCUAGGAAAGCUUUGACUUUUUUAGUUCCAUUAAAAGCACUUAAUUGUAA